AUGUACGAUGUAGUGAGCGAUGAAGUGUGGGAUUUCUUUUGCAAACGGUUACCACGAAACGAGGAGGAAAUACGGGAGCGGAAAGAAAAGUGUUCUGAAAUCGAAUGGCUUACUCAGACGGAAGAACUGAAAUCUAGGCUGGUUCGAUCAACGGUCUCAAAAUAUGAUGAAAGUUUCGUAAUGAUCCGAAUCCCACUAAUGACUCAAAUUUUCGAAUUAAAAAUCCGCAAAUCCGAGUGUUUUCCUGAAGAACCACCUGAGUUCAGUGGCGAGUUCAUCGACGGAUUCCACAAUCUUGAAUGGACGGCAGAAUCGACUUUAUACGAGCUAUCGGAAAAGAUCACUGAUUACUGUAUCACUGUGGACGUUGCCAUUUUGGAAAUUAAAGAAGCAGAUUCGGAUGGAUUUCACAUUGUUGAGCUGGAUAUGGAUGACGAAGAAAGCGGACAUUUGAGGGUUGUGUUAAAAGCGACGAAGUACAAAGAACAGCUAACACUAUCACUGGAUGUCGAAGAUUUCCGUAGUUUUCCGCGUGUUCUACGUUGCUCGAACCCAUCUAGAACUGCGAGUUUCGAUUGUGAGAAAUGGAUAAGCGACGAUAAACUGGGAACAAAUUUGCGACGACUAUAUGGAGAAUUAGAGCUGAACUCCACUUCCGAUGAUCCCAUUACGAAAGAAAUCGCGUCAGCGAAUGAUUCAUUUGAAGAAGUUGAUGAAAUAAUGGAUUUUAUCUGA